UUUGAAAUCCCGCGAUAUAGGCUGUGUUCACGCCUUCAGGGCCGACCUACUCGAGAGGGUAAUAAAUCACUAAAUUCCAAGCUUUUAGAGCCCGAAGAAAAAGCCCUAUACCGCUUUAUUAAUCGCCUUAAUGAUACUAACCUUAUGGUUCGACCUCUGUUUAUUACU